CAAUCAAGAAACGUUUUACGUCAUGCAGCGACUUUGGUCUGUUGCUGUCAAACGUGUAAUGCUUGUCAGAAUGUGUUUAGUUUCGUGAUUCCCGUGUUUAUUUUUGAAUUUUGUGACAGAGUGCUAAAAUUAUUCAGAAUGAACCUCAAAGCUGCAUUAGCCAUUUGUAUGGUGUUUGUGGGAUGUUGUUCCAAUGUUGUGUUUUUGGAAUUUGUCGUUAAGGAAGACUCAGGCGCGGGAAAUCUGGCAACAUUCCUGCAAUUCUUAUUUAUAGCUUGUAUAGGUUUCUGUACCGUUGGAAAAUUUGGUACAGCUAAAAGAAAUAUACCAUUUAAACAAUACUUGCUAUUAGUAGGAUUCUUCUGGACAAGCAGUGUUGCCAACAAUUAUGCGUUUGAUUUUAACAUAUCUAUGCCACUACAUAUGAUAUUCCGAGCCGGUUCCCUCAUGGCAAAUAUGGCUAUGGGCGUCUGGAUCUUGAAGAAGCGCUACCCAGUAUUAAAAUACUUAGCUAUUUUCAUGAUAUCCGCUGGUAUUGCCAUAUGCACAAUACAAUCGAGCGGGGAUGUAAAAGCACCUAGAGAAACACAUGAAGACGCUGCCGAAGAGGAGAAACUAAAAUUCAUAGAUUGGCUCUGGUGGUGUUUGGGAAUAGGAAUUUUGACUUUCGCUCUAUUCGUAUCAGCGAGAAUGGGUAUCUUCCAAGAAUCACUGUAUUCUAAAUUCGGCAAACAUCCGUGGGAGGCGUUAUACUACACGCAUUUACUGCCUUUGGUAUUUUGGCUACCGACAGCUACUAAUUUGUCAAACCAUGUAAGCAUAGCAUUAGAUACACCAGUUGUGGAUUUCCUUGGAUUCACACUACCACGCCAAGUCCUGUGGCUAAUUUUGUAUGUGUUAACACAAGGUCUGUGUAUCAGCGCCGUGUAUGUAUUGACAACAGAAUGUGCAUCGCUAGUUGUGACUUUGACAGUUACACUACGAAAGUUCGUAUCACUUAUAUUUUCUAUUCUAUAUUUCAAAAAUCCCUUCACAUUGGGUCAUUGGACAGGUACUUUACUAGUCUUUAUUGGGACUAUGAUAUUCACAGAGUUAUUACAAAAAUCAAUCGCUUUGUUUAUACCUAAGGGGAAAAAGAAAGUGCAGUAAAUUAAAAAAAAAAUCUUUAAUGCAAUAGUUAAUUUUAUAUUUUAUAAGUGGUUUAUAUAAAGGAAAUCUGUUGUAUACUUAAGUGGUAAGGCAUAAAAACUGCUGUAUCAUUUAUUACGUGAUAGGUAGAUAUUAUAGUAAACGAUGACUAUGUGUAAUAAUCCUAAGUUCAAACAAACAUAUUAUAUAAGAGUUUUCAAUGAUAUUUAUAUUUAAAAUUUAGAAUAGUAAUAUUUAAAAUAGUUAAAAUAUUUAUUUUAUCAACAGUCACUUGUAUUAGGUAUAUUUGAAUAACAUUUUCUAUUGUAUUAAAAUAUCUGUAUUUAUUUUAUUAUAAGGUAGUAAAAUAAAUAGCUAUAAUUUACUAAGGAUAAUAAUAAUGUAAUAAUUAUUAGAUAAAAGACAAUUAAUUCACCUUGAGCGUUAAAUGCGAGAUAAAAUGUGACGAGUAACGAAUAAUAAAUAAUUUAUAAUGUAAUAAUUACAAGCAUUUUUUAAUAUCAUAUUUAUUGUUUAGACUUGUGGAUAAAUUGUAAAUGGUAUAAACUGGUUAAUGUCGUCGUAGUUACUGUUUAUUUCGAUAUUUCUUCCGACGUUUAUAAAACAUGAUAUCUGGAAAGGCUUCCAGAUAUAAUGUCGUAUGAGAGAAACAAUUGUACUGAUGAAAUGAAAGAUUUAAAUCUAUUGGCCUAAAUAUUGUGGUGAGCCUGCUUUAUGUAUUUAUUUAUUUAAUAUGAUUUUUAUGUCAGGUUUUUUAAUUGUUUACCAACCGUUUUGUUAACGUUAGAAAUAGUAAUCCUGUUAACUUUUUUUUUCAGUAAUUUGAUACUUGUUUUAAUAAGACAAUCGACAAAUCUGCACAAUUCCAUUUAUAUCAGUCAGUAAUAAUUAAAAUGAACAAUAAACUUUUUA